AUGUCUACGAGACCAGAUGAUCAUAGAAGAAAAUGGGACAGGGAAGAGUACGAAAAAUUAGCAGAGGAGCGGAUAAAAGAGGAAAAAUAUCAAAAAGAGGAAGGUGACAACAAGAAAAAAGGGCCUCCAAUUAAACGAGAACUACUCAAAACCCGAGAAUAUAAAGUAGACCUCGAUUCUAAGUUGGGAAAAAGCAUUGUAAUCAACAAGAACACACCUACUUCACAAUCUGGAGGAUAUUACUGCAAUGUGUGUGACUGUGUUGUUAAAGAUUCAAUCAAUUUCUUGGAUCACAUCAAUGGAAAAAAGCACCAGAGGAAUUUGGGGAUGUCCAUGAAAGUAGAAAGAAGUUCACUUGAUUCUGUUAAAAAAAGAUUUGAACAGAACAAGAAAAAAAUUGAGGAAAAAAAGAAAGAAUAUGACAUGAGUACUAGAUUACAAGAACUAGCAGAGGAGGAAGAAAAGUUAAAAGAGUACAGGAAGGAAAAACGAAAAGAAAAGAGGAAGAUUGAAGAGAUUAAUGAUGAUGAACCUCCUAGUGAACUAGCUAGCAUAAUGGGGUUUUCAGGAUUCGGUGGAUCUAAGAAAAGUAAAUAA